ACAAAAUUCCCUAGUUGCCAUCCGUCAAACGUCAAAUGUCAGUGUCAACCUGUCAACAAUUAGGUUAUUUUUGAUAAAGUCUUUGUCAGUCUUUGUGGUUUCACCCUUCGAAUAAAAAGUGAAUGUCCUGUUGAGUACCGUGGAAAUGGAGAACAUGCAGGGGAACUCUCCAGAGUGCAUCACAGCAUGUGGCACGGACGAGGAACGAUGUUCUUUAACCCACCAGCCCUCCUGCCAUAGCUCCAAAUCGCUCCUCACCGAAGAGAAAAUGCGUCGCAAGCUUCAGUUUUUCUUCAUGAACCCCAUCGAGAAGUGGCAAGCGAAGAAACGCUUCCCGUACAAAUUCACAGUGCAGCUUAUUAAGAUAAUUCUAGUGACAAUGCAACUGUGUUUGUUUGCCUAUAACCGAUACAAUCAUGUCAAUUAUACGUGGGACAAUAGGAUUUCAUUUUCUCACUUGUUUCUGAGGGGCUGGGACGCCACAAGAGAAGUGAGUGCUUAUCCUCCAGCCACUGGACCUUUGGCCAUCUACAAAGCGGACGAUUUUUAUGCCACUAUCGACUACGCUUAUUCGGGGUAUGCGAAUUUGAGCCAAGCCGUGGGCUCGUAUUCCUAUGCAAACGAAGACAAUACGAUGACUGAUAUGGAAUUGUGUUUAUCGCAGUAUAAAAAAGGAAUCAUUUUUGGUUUCAACGAAUCUUAUGUUUUUGACGCUGAAAUUGUAGAAACUUGUCUUAAUAUAACGCACAGCCCGUCUGAUCAUCUCCUCGACUCUAAACAGUAUUUAAGUAACUUAAAUAUUAAUUUUUCAGCAUUGGUUAAAGCUGUUUUGAAGUUUUCACUUAAGACUGUUAAUUUUAAAACCGCCGGUCGGAUUUCGCCCCCGAAUUGUUACCGAUUUGACAUAGAUAUUAAUUUCGACAAUGAGGAUCAUGAUGGUCAAAUGUUACUUUGGUUGGACGCACAACCAGUGCGUCUUAUGUGCAAAGGCGAUGUUGAGUAUGUCACUGAUGAUGAAAUUGACUCGUUUUUGCAAAGUGUUCUAAAUUAUUUAGUUAUAACGAUUUGUAUUUUGUCUUUUGUGUUGUGUACUAGGGCUGUUUUAAGGGCCCAAAAAUUGAAAAAAAUGACCAACACGUUUUUUGUUAAUCAAUUCGGACGCCCUCUUAGCAAAGAGGAUAGAAACAAGUUCUUGAAUCUGUGGUAUGUCAUGAUAAUAAUUAACGAUAUUUUAAUAAUCAUCGGGUCGUCAAUUAAAGAACAGAUCGAGCGCAAGGACUUCACCAGUGACCAGUGGAACGUUUGUAGCUUGUUUUUGGGACUUGGUAAUAUGCUGGUAUGGUUUGGGGUCUUACGUUACUUGACAUUCUUUAAAACAUACAACGUUGUUAUUUUGACGCUGGAAAAAGCAGCUCCUCAAGUCGCCAGAUUCCUCCUUUGUGCUUUACUUAUUUAUGCGGGUUUCACCUUCUCAGGAUGGCUUAUUUUAGGACCGUACCAUUUGAAAUUCAGGUCGUUAUCCACGACUUCAGAGUGUCUAUUCUCUCUGAUUAACGGUGACGAUAUGUUUGCCACUUUUUCCAUAAUGUCGAGUAAAUCCACCAUGUUGUGGUGGUUCAGCAAGAUUUAUUUAUACUCAUUUAUUAGUUUGUAUAUUUAUAUCAUUUUAAGUUUGUUUAUUUCUGUUAUCAUGGACGCUUAUGAUACGAUCAAAGUUUAUUAUAUUGAGGGAUUCCCCAAAAGUGAUUUACAAAUUUUCAUUGGUGACACCAACAUCGAAGAUGUAUCAAGUGGUAUUUUUAGAACCGCGUCGAAUGACAGUUUGGGAGGUCUUAUGAAAGAUUUAUGUUGUUGUACCUGUAGUAAAUUGCACAAGUCAUACUCGAGCUUGUCACGUGGUAGCUUGGCUACUGACGGAUCAAGACGAGGUUCCAAUGCCGUUUAAGAAUAAAACUACAGUUUUGUAAAUAUUUUAUUGUAUAUAGAAUAGAGUAUAUGUUUUGUACAGAAAACAUUUAUAUAAAUAUAUUGACUAGAUCAAAUUAUGUUCGAGAUAAACUUUACAUGUAUCUCUGUCUCAAUACAACAAUUUAUUUAUGUAUGA